AUGGCUCCGUCUGGAAGGAGAGCCGAACCUCGUGGAACUCCUACCGAGGAACUGCUAGCGCAGAAUUUGCAGCAAUUGACCCAAUUGACUCAAACUUUGGGAAAUGCGCUUCUCAAUAAUCAACGGGGAGGGCCAGAUGUGGCUAAGAUCAUAGCUGGGCAUCGUCCGCCAUUCUUCACUGGUAAGGAAGAUCCACUAGUGUUAGAAGAUUGGAUAAGGACUUUCGACAAAAUGUUUGAGGCUGUAGAAUGUCCUGAAGAAAGGAGGGUGGAGAUAGCUACAUUCUAUUUCCAGCAAGAAGCUGACAACUGGUGGAGUAUGAUGGGACCCAUGUAUCAACAACAAGGAGAAUUUCAAUGGACUGACCUUAAAGCUCGAAUGCGGGAUCAUUUUUAUCCCGAGCAUGUUAAGUCCGCUAAGUACGAGGAAUUUCUACAUCUACGUCAAGGGACGACAUCUGUUCAGGACUACUAUGCUAAGUAUCUUGAGCUGGCACGAUUUGCCCCUGCCUUAGCCCCGGAUGAGCCAAGCAAGGCUAGGAAGUUUGUAAAUGGAUUAAAUUUUGAGACUCAAAAAGCCGUUUGUGUGUUUGAGUGUCAGACUCUUGGAGAGGCUUAUAACCGGGCUGCCAAACAUUAUCGAGUCCAGCAGAUGCAGAAGGAGGUUCGUGAGAAGGGUAAGAGGAAAUUUGAAGGUAGUAGCAGAGGGGGAGAGAAGAACUCUAAGAUGAGUCAAGGAGAGGCUAUUCGGGAUUACCAAAGAACAGGGAUGACUAGUAGAGGAUGGAUGAAGGAGAGGCAUUUCUACUGUAAAAGAUGUGGGAAGGAUCAUCCCGGUGUCGAUUGUAUAGGGAUGCCGGUAGAGUGCUUCAAUUGUGGGAAGAAGGGCCAUCGCUCAUUUGAAUGUCAAACUAGCAGGAGGGAAGGGUCAUUCCGUCCUAGCCAGAGUCAAGAAAAGACCCAACAAUUUGGAAUACAAGUGAAGACUAAGAAUGGAGUGAACGUGGCAAACAGUAACACUGAGAGCACAAGCAAGGCACCAACUAGCAGGAGUGGACCCCAGCAAGGGAGGAUCUUUGUGAUGAGUAAAGCUCAGGCGGAUGUGAGCGAUGUGGUGGCAGGUACUUUUCUGCUUCGUGAUAUACCUGCUUAUGUAUUAUUUGACUCUGGAGCAUCUCAUUCUUUUAUAUCCUCAAGGUUUGUAGAGAAAUUAAAGUUAGUACCUAGUUCCCAAGUACAAUUUAAAGUGAACCUUGCAUCGGGGAAGGUGGUGACCUGUAGUAAUGUUUUUGAGAAUAUACCUAUAAAUAUAGAAGGGGAAAGUUUCCCUUGUACCUUAAUACAGUUUGGGUUAGACGACUUUGAUAUAAUAUUAGGGAUGGAUUGGUUAGGAAAAUAUAGGGCUAAGAUCUUUUGUAGUCAACAAAAAGUGGUACUGAGGAACCCAAAAGGAAAACGUGUGUCCUAUAAGGGAGUUGCAAGUCGGCCCGAGGUGAGAUUGGUAUCUUUGGCCAAGAUGAGAAAGUAUGUGGAAAAAAGGUGUGAAGUAUUCUUAUGCAUGGUGGAAGAUUUGAAUGUGGAUAAGAAGGGAAUUGAGCAAAUCCCUGUCGUAAGGGAGUUUCCUGACAUAUUCCUCGAAGAGAUUCCAGGCUUCCCUCCACAACGGGAAGUAGAGUUCACCAUUGAUCUAGUACCGGGCACUACUCCUAUUUCAAAGACCCCAUACCGAAUGGCCCCAAUAGAAUUACAAGAAUUGAAGGAGCAGCUUCAAGACUUAGUGGCUGAGAAAGAUAUAUCUAAGACAGCCUUUCGGACAAGGUACGGCCACUAUGAAUUUACGGUGAUGCCGUUUGGGUUAACAAACGCACCAGCAGUAUUCAUGGAUCUCAUGAAUAGGGUGUUUAGACCUUACUUGGAUGAGUUUGUCAUUGUAUUCAUCGAUGACAUUUUAGUCUACUCCCAGAAUCCGAAAGAACAUGAGGAUCAUCUUCGGAUCGUGUUGCAAACACUAAGGGAAAAUCAAUUAUAUGCCAAGUUGUCUAAGUGCGAUUUUUGGAAGGAUAGUGUGGCAUUUCUAGGCCAUAUCGUGACUAAGGAAGGAAUCUCGGUGGAUCCAGCCAAAAUUCAAGCUGUGAUGAAUUGGCCUACUCCUACGACAGUUACUGAGGUCCGAAGUUUUCUGGGAUUAGCAGGGUAUUAUCGAAGGUUUGUGCCAAAUUUUUCUCGAAUAGCCCAACCUAUCACAAAUCUCAUGAGGAAGACUAUUGUAUUCCGUUGGGAAGAAAGUUGUGAGAAAGCUUUCCAGGAGUUAAAGGAAAAGUUAACCACUGCUCCUGUAUUGAUUCUACCAUCAGGAACUGAGGGAUUUGAAAUAUAUAGUGAUGCAUCAAAGAAAGGUCUUGGGUGUGUACUAAUGCAAAAUGGGAGAGUGGUGGCAUACGCAUCAAGACAACUAAAGAAACAUGAGGUGAAUUAUCCCACCCAUGACUUGGAAUUAGCGGCAGUUGUGUUUGCUUUAAAGAUUUGGAGGCAUUAUCUUUAUGGAGUGCAGUGUAAGAUCUUCACGGACCAUAAGAGCUUAAAGUAUAUCUUUACUCAAAAAGAAUUAAACAUGAGGAAGAGGAGGUGGUUGGAAUUCAUUAAGGACUAUGACUUGGUAAUCCAGUAUCAUGAAGCAGCGAUGGGUACAACGUUGAAACUUAGUACUGCUUUUCAUCCUAUGACUGAUGGGCAAACUGAGAGGACUAUACAAACUCUGGAAGAUAUGUUAAGGAAGUGUAGAAGCCCUCUAUGUUGGGAAGAUCUAGUCAACCCUGUGAUACUAGGACCUGAAUAUCUUCAAGAUAUGACAGAAAAGGUCAAGUUGAUCCAAGAAAGGAUGAAAGCUGCACAGGACCGACAAAAGUCUUAUGCUGAUUUAAGAAGGCAAUCGGUUGAAUUUCAAGAAGGUGAUAAGGUAUUGCUGAAAAUAUCUCCUACAAAAGGAAUAAUGAGAUUCGGGAAGAAAGGAAAGUUGAGUCCGAGAUAUAUUGGACCGUAUGAAGUCCUUGAAAGAAUUGGGAUAUUAGCUUACCGAUUGGCGCUACCUGCUGUGCUAGAUCGAGUUCAUAACGUAUUUCAUGUGUCUCAAUUAAGGAAGUACGUACAUGAUGCAUCGCAUGUACUUCAACCUGAGGUUGUGACUUUGGAUGAGAACUUAUCAUAUGAAGAGAAACCGGUAAAAAUCUUGGAUACUAAGACCCGAGAUACCCGCAGAAAUCCAUAA